UUGACAUUUGACUGGUUAACAUUUAAUCGAAUAGUCUUUUUCACACCUGUUUAAACACAAACUCGAUGGCCCACAACUUUCACAGACACUCCUACGACUACAGAGCCCACGCCAUGUCAUUUCCAUCAGGACUCCCCCGACUCCUUUUCCACCCUUCUUGGGUUCACAGUAAAACACCACGAAACCUGGAACUUUUUGCAAACUGGCAAAACGUAAGCGCUUAAUAUUGAGGUCUAUAACUGCUGAUAAGCACAACAUAUAUAAAUAAAUAAGGCAAGGACAACACAAAUGUGUCAAGUCGUUUGAUCAAGCUCCCAAACAUGUUUAUAUAGGCCUACAUAAAUAUAUAUAAGCAUAUAUUAAUGCAUCCUGCUUGUGAAACACAUUGUUCACACAAGUCAGUACUCAGGUCUAGAUACACAACACACCAACACAGCAGGUUCUAUAAACGUUGUACACAGUAGUAAUUUCACUUCUUAAUACUAAAAGAUUCAACACAACAAAACUGGUGAUGGAUUUGUGAAGAAUAUUACUUGCAAGUUGGUUUGCAGCUCAGCUCGAUCAGCUUGAAGGUGGUUUCCAUCAGUCAGCAAUGUUUAGUUGGGGAGGGGUUGUACAGGAAGUUCUACCUCCCGACCACAUCACGGUUCUUUCCCCCAACUGGUGUGAUGUCACUUUUUCCUGGUGACCAGCUCGUAGAGGUGUGUUAAAUGGAAACGGUGAAGUCCCGCUCGUGAAGCCGUCCACUAUAAAUUAGGCCAGCGAGCGUAAGGUGAUCAUAACCUGCACAGGAGGACACAGGGUUACACCUAAAGAUCGAGAAGACUCAGACAUGAAGCCAUACAGCAUCGCAGCCAUCGGCAUUCUCCUCUUCGCCUUCUGCUCGGUGACUUUCAGCCAGAAUGGUCACAUGCCUGAAAGGUGCUGUUUCAAGGAGAACUACCUCACUUCACCAGUCCCUCAACAUAGGGUUAUGCGAUUUGAGACCACGAGCCCUUCAUGCACUGACCCCGGCGUCAUAUUCCACACAGUUGCACAGAAGCAAAUCUGUGCUAAUCCAUCUGACAAGUGGGUGAAGAGGCUGAUGAAAUUUGUGCAGAAACAAAUGAAGAGCGCUGCCACAGAGGCCGGUUCUGGAGAGAGCACUGACCCCUAAAGGCUCGUCUAUAAGCUAACAUCAUGGACAAGACUGUUCUCAAACUCUUCUGUUUUAUUGGACUCUUCAGUAGUUGCUUUGCAACCUAUCAUAUUUCCUUUUUGUUUGGGCAAAUUGCUUGUAUAUUUUAAUAUACAUUGCUUGUCAAUAUACAUGACUUUUCUGAAUUUCUUUGUCUUUUUUAUAUGUAUGUAUAUAUUUUAAUCAUCUUCAUGCUUUAAAUUAAUAUAUGCCCUUUGAAAGACAAUAAAAAAAGCAUUUGAAACACAA